AUGGCUCGGGCAUUUGGAAAAGUCAUAGCAAAACCUUCUUCUUCUUCCCUGUCUUCUUCAUCCAGCAUUCCAAAUCGAAAUCUCUGCCUCAUAACAUCCAUCACCUCAAUCCUUCAAAAUCUAAAUCCUCAAAUCCCAGAUUUCUCAUCUCUCAAUAAAUUUUCUCCUCAUCUCACCCCGAACUUGGUCAUUCAGGUGAUCAAGAACCAAAAGAACCCACACCACGCUCUUCACUUCUUCAACUGGGCCUCCAACCCCAACCCCAACCCUAAGAACUACUCCCACACCCCUUUAUGCUACGCGGCCAUCACCGAUCACUUGCUCUCCCACUCCCUCUUCUCCACCGCUUACUCCCUUCUUCACCACUCCGACAAACUCUCCGACUUCCUUAUCUGCAGAUUCAUCAACGCUCUCGGUCACUGCGGCGAUAUCAGGGGCGCCGUUCACUGGUUCCACAAAGCAAAAAACUUGGGAAGAGAACACUGCGUCUACUCAUGCAACGCCAUCUUGGGCGUCCUCGUCAGAGCCAACCGUGUCAAUUUUGCCAAGGCCAUCUACAAUCAGGUUCUCUCAGAAGCUGUGGUAGAACCCGAUGUUUACACUCACACCAUCAUGAUUCGUGGGUUUUGCAAAGUGGGGAUGGUCGAGAGUGCGCGCAAGGUGUUCGACGAAAUGCGCUGCGAACGCAACAUUGUUACUUAUAACACUUUGAUCCACGGGUUUUGUAAGAAGGGUGACAUGGAGGGUGCGCGGUGGGUUUUUGACAGAUUGGUGGAGAGUAAGAGUUGUGAGCCGGAUGUGGUGAGUUUCACCACUUUGAUUGAUGGGUAUUCGAAAAGAGGUGAAUUCCAAAAGGCGGUGGAGUGUCUGAAGCAGAUGACGGAACGAGGGUGUUCUCCGAAUGUUGUGACCUACAAUGCCUUGGUUGAAGGUCUUUGCUUGAGCGGAGAAGUGGAUGAGGCAAAGAUGAUAAUGGGUAGGAUGCGGUUGAAUGGUUUGAAAGACAAUGUGGCCACAAACACUAGCUUGUUGAAGGGGUUGUGUAUUGUGGGAAAGUCUGAUGAUGCUUUUAAGCAUUUCAGGGAAAUGGCUAGUCGGGGGAUGAAGCCGGAUGUGAAAGCCUAUGGGGUUGUUGUGAAUGAGUAUUGCAAGAAUGGAAAACCAAGAGAAGCAGUCUCACUUCUGAGAGAAAUGGUGACGAGGGGUGUUAAGCCAAGUGUGUCAAGCUUCAAUGCAGUGUUUAGAGUUCUUGUGGAUGAGGGGAAGAUUGAUGAAGGAGUUCUUCUUUUGAAGCAGAUGAGUCGGAUGGGAUGCUCACCCAACUUCUUGUCAUAUUGCAUAUUGGUAUGUGGACUCUGUGAAGUGAAGAGUAGGAUGCAGGCAGUUGAAGAGCUUGUUUCAGACAUGCUUCAGAAUGGGCAUAACCUGGACGCGACUUUGUAUAACUGCUUACUUCAGGGAUAUUGUGAAGACGGGGAUGAAGAAAUGGCACUAAAGACAUAUUAUGACAUUAUGAACAAGAACUUUGUAAUCAAGCAAGACGUUUUCAGCACAUUUGUGAAGGUGAUGUGUGCAAAGGGGAAAUUGAAAGAGGGGGAUACAGUCUUUGAGGGAUGCUUGCUCGGGGGAUUCCAGUUAAGUGGGAAAGUUGAGGCUAAUGCAACAGAGGAACACUGA